UAGGGUCAAGUCAUAUAGAUAAAUAGAUGGUAGGGAAUGGAAUUAGAAAGAGGAACAUUGAAAAGGGUCUCUGAAUCUCAUCCACAUCCACUUCAUCUCCUUCUUAUUCUUCUUCUCCUUUCUAAUCAACUUUCCAUGUGAUAUUGUGAUACCAUCACCUUUACAAACAGAAAGAAGAUAUCAUAUUCAUAUUGAGAUUGUGAAGAUGGUUGCUGGGUGGAGAAGAGCUUUCUGUACAUCCAUCCCCAAAGACAGAGAGCCCAAAGUCCUAACAGAGAAACAGCUGCAGAAUGGUGGUGACAACCCAACAAUUCAAAGUCCUAAAAUCAGUUCCAAGUUUGGAUUCUUUUCCAACCCAUCAACACCCCGUUGUCAGUCUCAGCCGGCAUCCGGCACUUCCAGCCUCCGGUGCCGGACCUCGGUGGCCGCCACCACCACCUCCUCAGACCCCAACAGCCCAAAACUUCAAUGCAGAAACCCCAAAACUCCCAGGUCCUCCUCCCACCUCUCCAAUCCUUCCUCACCCAAAUCACCAUCAAGCUUCUCGCUUCUCAAAGCCACCCUGCGCCUAUCCAAAAGUCGAUGCGGAAUUUGUACGCAGAACGUGAAGAGUGGUCAAGGAACUGCAAUUUUCACUGCGGAAUGCUCUCACACCUUCCACUUCCCUUGCAUAGCAUCUCACGUCACCAACCACCCUAUCCACGUGUGCCCGGUGUGCGCCACCACCUGGAAGGAACUUCCGGUGUUGGCUAUCCACACCGUGAAACAGAGCCAGAAAAUCGCUGAUGAAAACAGAGAAAACAAGAGGCCACCCUUCAAGGUUUACAACGACGAUGAGCCUCUCAAAUCUCCACCUUCUGUUUCUCGAUUCAACCCCAUUCCCGAAUCAGAAAACGAAGAUGAAGAAGAGGAGCAGGAGACAGAGUUUCAAGGGUUCAAUGUCAAUCCAUCUCCGUCGUCGCCGAUUACUAAGGGGAGGAAUUUAGAGGUGUGUUUGUUGCCGGAAGCUGCAAUUGUAGCCGGAAACAGAAACUACGAGACGUACGUGGUUGUUUUGAAGGUGAAACCGCCGAAGGCGGCACGUCGGUCACCGCUUGACCUCGUGGCGGUGCUCGACGUCGGAGGAGCCAUGUCAGUACAGAAGCUUCGUUUGAUGAAAAACUCCAUGCGACUGGUGAUCUCUUCUCUUGGCCCCGACGACCGUCUCUCCAUCGUCGCAUUCUCCGCCGGCUCGAAAAGGCUGCUGUCGCUCCGGCGAAUGACCGGCAGCGGUCAGAGAUCUGCUCGUCGAAUCGUGGAAGCUCUUGCCGCGAUUGACCAGCCUCGAGAAGGCGUUUCAGCGAAGAACGACGCUCUGAAGAAGGCCGCAAAGGUCUUGGAAGAUCGCCGGGAGAAGAACUCCGUCACCAGCAUCAUAGUUUUAACCGACAUUCCGGAAUCACGCGCCGCCGUGGCAUCCCUGGUUUCCUCCACGCGCCUCCCUAAUCUGGAAGUUCCAGUCCACGCGGUUCGUUUUCCGAAGGAAAACGCCGACGACGCGCUGGCGAGAAGCAUUUGCGGUUUGUUAAACGUGGUGGCGCAAGACGUUAAGAUUCAGUUAGGGGUGGUUUCACGGCCGCGUCCCGUGGAAAUUGCCGCCGUUUACUCACUCAUGGGUCGACCCGCUGCACUCGGGUCGGGUGCGAUCCGAAUCGGCGAUCUUCACGGCGAGGAGGAGAGAGAAUUGCUGGUGGAGCUGAAAGUGCCCGCCGCUUCCGCCGGAUCCCACCACGUUCUCACCGUAAUAUCCUCUUACCGGGACCCCCUCACUCAAGCGGCGUUGAGUCCCAAUGAGCAAGCAAUGCUGGUUCCUCGUCCCCACGCCGUACGAUCAUCUUGUGGGAAAAUCGAAGGGCUUAGAAACCUCCACGUCACCGCUCGAGCUGUAGCCGAGUCGACCCGGCUCGCUGAGCAUGGCGAUCUUUCUGGAGCUCAUCACUUGCUCUCAUCAGCUCGAGCUCUUCUUUUGCAGUCAAGUAGCCAUCCGGCUGAGGAGUAUUUGAGCUGGCUUGAAGCUGAACAAGCUGAGAUCCAACGGCGCAGACAGAGUCAAAUACAAACUCAAACUCAAACUCAAAGGCAUAGCAGGAAUAGUGAUAACCGCGCCGAGGAGAAGAUGGAGCCGCUUACGCCGACUUCAGCUUGGAGAGCCGCUGAGAGGUUGGCUAAGGUGGCUAUCAUGAGGAAAUCUAUGAACAGAGUCAGUGAUUUACAUGGUUUUGAGAAUGCAAGAUUUUAGUUUGUAAUAAUUUUUAUUUUUCCAAAUUUUGUAAAUAGUGGAAAAUUUUAUGAAGAGAAAAUGAUUUUUGGAAUUUGAAGGUUCAAUAAGAAAAUGGUUUAUGGACUCGGCCCAUGAUAAUAGAGACAAGGGGUAAUCGACGGUGAGGGCCUUUUGUAUGUUGGAAAAGGACUGAUAGUGAGUGAUAGGAGCCCACAUUAUUGUUUGAUUCGAAGUAAAGGCUUUGUUUCCUUC